CCUACAAAACCGUCGGCUACGAACACUAGUUAGUAUUUUCAAUGAAAAAUGGCCUAUUUAUUUGAAAAAUUUCGAGUUAGCACUACGAUAGCGUCUAGUUUUUCUGAAAAUCACGCUCUUAUUUAACACCUUCGCCAUUGGUCGUGGCCAUUCUGGAGACUCACUGAAGGUCAGCCAAUCUUCCUUAAACCUGUCCACCAUCUGAUGAGAACAUGUUUGUCUACCGAGGUCAAGCAGUAUAAAAUUAGAAGUAUUCUCAGAAAUCUUGCAUGUCAAAUACGCCUUUAGGCAUCGCAUCUGAUUCGUUAAUAUUUAUAGCAUUUCAUUCGCAAGACAACAACUGUUUUAUUAGGGGUCUUUAAUACGUGUAGCAAAAUCCUUCCUUUCAAGUCGCUAAACAUGGAUAUCAAAACCUUACUUGACAAUCUUCAUGAAGAAGUUUCCUGUCCGGUGUGCAUGACCACAUUUACUCAACCAAAGCAGCUGCCAUGUUUACACAGCUUCUGCCUUCACUGUUUAGCAGGAAUUCAAAGAAACAGUGGCCACCAUGAUGUCAUAACAUGUCCUGAGUGUCGCAAGGAGAGUCAAGUCCCUGGUGGAAACCUUAAAGAUAUGCCCACUAACUUUCGCAUCAACAGUUUACUAGAUGUGCUGGCCAUAAGGGAGUGCAGUUCUACCGGAGUCAAGUGCAGAAACUGCGACAAAAGAAGAGUGCAAAGUUUCUACUGUUUUCAGUGUUGUGCAUUCUGGUGUGAAGAGUGUAUCACUGUGCAUAACUUACUCCGAGAAAACGAAGAACACCGAGUACUUGCACUGGAAGAUUUUGAAGAUCAAGACGUUGAGGAUGUCUUGAAGCGAUCAGCAUUUUGUUCACGACAAGGCCACGAAAAGGAAAAGUUGAAAUUCUUCUGUGUCAAAUGUGAAGAGACUGUUUGUUCUUCAUGUGUUGUAACCGCUCACCAUAGACAUGUUAUAGUACUAUUAGAAGAAGCGGCCAAUGAAAAGAAAUUGCUAGUCAUGUCCACGAUUGAAUCCAACAAAGCAAAAGCACAAAGGAUGAGAAACAAAAUCUUGAAACUUGACGAGAGUUCUCGUAACAUCGAAGCAAACGUUGCCAAAGUAAAAAGAAGCGCGCAACAGUUUGCAGAAAUCAUGAUCGCAGUUAAUGAAGCCAAGAAACAGGAAAUCUUUGAUGAAGCGCAUCAUGAGGCGCAACAAUCCCUGGAACGUUUGCGAAUACAAAGGAUCGAAAUGGAACAGAAAGUCAAAAUGAUCGAAACAGCAGUCACAAAAUUUGAAACGCUUUUAAAGCGAAGCACCAGCGCAGAGCUUGCAGAGUUAGAUAAGGCAAUAAACACAAUCAUCCCGAAAGAAGUCGAGCUACUCGNUUUAGUUUUGCAUCCGAUUGGUUGA